UUCGUUAACAAAAAAACAGAGUUCACUGAGAAAAAAAAAGCGCCACUCGCUGCGACUAUGGCAACGAGAACAACGCUGCUGAAGCUGAAGCAAAACCUGAACCUUCCGCUGCGUUUCCUCCGCAAACCCGCUCCGCUCCUGACCCGACCCGUUGCCCCGUUCGCCCGACCCGAAUCCCCCUCGCUCCCCCGCUUCACACCCUCCACGCUUGCUCGCCAAAUGGCCACUGCGAGGUCGCCACGUGGCGCUUCUAGAAGAAACGAGGAAGACGACAACGAAGACGUGGAGGAGGAGUUUGAUUUUGACGAUGAUGACAUGGAUAUGGACAUGGACGGCUCUGGGUUCGACGAUUCCGAUGAAAGUGACACCGUUGAUUUCGAGGGUGAGGAAGAAGAUAAGCCCAAGGGAAAGAAGGGUUACUCCAAGGAUUGGUGAUCUUUUUUUAUUUUAGUUUGGUUUUAAUGUUAUGAAUUAAGGGUUAUCUUUGCUGUGUUAGUGAAAGUUGGGAUAUGAAUUUUACUAUUUUAGUGUUGAAUUUUGCUUCAAUUUUGUGUUUUUCAUUAGAUCCUUGCGAAAUUUACCCUUA